AUGUUCCCUUCACAGGUGGCCAAUUUCAACAUUGAGGCCGUGAGUGGCAUUUGCGGCUCCAUCUCAAUUGCCUGCUGGGUCGUCGUUUUCUCCCCGCAAAUCAUCGAAAACUUUCGCCGCGGCUCAGCAGACGGCCUCUCGCUGCUCUUCCUCAUCGUCUGGCUGGCGGGCGAUGUAUUCAAUAUCCUCGGCGCCGUCUUGCAAGGCGUGCUGCCUACAAUGAUUAUUUUGGCUGUGUACUACACUCUCGCGGAUAUCGUGCUGCUGGGACAGUGCUUCUACUAUCGCGGGUUUAACAUUACGGAUGAGCUUUCUGUUUCUCCCACACUGACGCCAGAUGCUGCUGCUAGUGUGGAGCAGAGUGAUGGCCAGGGCAGUCCCACGCCAGUCCCAACGGAACGAUCAGCUCUACUUCCUAAAUCGACGACCACGCCCACGUCCAAAGGACAUGUCCAGAUCCAGGAGCCGACAGAACACGGACACAGUGCACCCCACGCCCAGGAUGGCGCACGCCCUCUAUCAUCCUCCUCGUCCACGCGCAACAUGGGAAGAAGACACUCAGCUACAUCCUUUCACGAUAUCCUCCACUCAUCAGUAGACGGCACGCAUCUCUCCCCCGCAACGCCCUUCAUCGAGUCUGAAUCAGAACGAGUCCGCUCUCAACGGACCCAGCGCCGCAUAUCCGCCCUGCAAACAGCCCUCUUCAACGCCACAGCGAUUGCUCUCGUCUGCGCGGCAGGGAUUGUGGGCUGGUACGUCAGCCCGGCCUCGAAGAGCUCCACUGACGAGCCCGAGCCCGAGCCUCUCGCUAUGGAUACGCUUGGCCAGGUGUUCGGGUAUCUCUGUGCAGCGUUCUAUCUAGGGUCGCGGCUGCCGCAGCUUCUUUUGAACUUUCGGCGCAAAUCGACAGAAGGCGUUUCCCUGCUCUUCUUUCUCUUUGCCUGUAUCGGCAACUUGACCUAUGUCUUGUCGAUUCUGGCAUAUUCGCCCGUUUGUCGUGAUUCCUCUGAGGCUGUGGCUGUCAGUCUUGUAGAGCAUCAUUCCCAUGAGCGCUGUCGGCCUGGUGAAGCAGCUGCUAUCUAUGGGCGGUAUAUUUUGGUUAAUCUGUCAUGGCUGAUUGGCAGUGCUGGCACAUUGUUGUUGGAUAUGGCUAUUUUUGUGCAGUUCUUUCUGUACAGCAGUUCUAAAGUUGAGGAGGAAGAUGUGGAAUAUGAGAACCGCCACUAG